AUGCACUUCCUCGUCAUUGGUGCCACUGGCCGGGUCGGAUCACUGGUCAUCGAAGAGGCCCUCUCACGCGGCCACCAGGUUACAGCCCUUGUCAGGAAAUCCACAUCCCUGACUGCAAAAGAAGGCCUUCUCAUUGUCGAAGGCACACCACUCAAGUCCGAAGAUGUCGAUAGGGCAUUUGAGGCUAAUCCUUCUUCAAUACCAACGGCCGUCGUGGUGGCCUUGAACGCUCGACGCGCAAGCGACUCACCAUUCUCUUCCCCUUCGCCCGACACCCCACAGCGACUGAUGGCCGACUCCGUAUCCAAUGCCAUUGCAUCCAUGAAAAAAUACGGCGCAGACAAGAUUGUGAUUAACAGCAGCGCGGGCACGGCCGACAGCUACGACUCGCUCAACUGUCUCAUGAAGAUGGUCUUCACCUAUAGCAACAUGAAAUAUCAAAUGAUUGAUCAUAACGCCGUGGAUACCGAGACCAGAAAGUCGGGCGUCAACUUUGUCAUCGUACGUCCCUCCAUGUUCGUGGAGGGCGAGGCGGCAGAAGUCAAAGUGUAUCCCGACGACGGAAAGGGGAUUGGAUUUAUGCCCAAGAUUUCGAGGGGCAGUGUUGCUAGGUUCAUGGUAGCGAACGCCUUGGAGACUACCGAGUUUGAUGGUAGAGCACCAGUCAUUUCCAACUAA